GAUAUGAUGAUUAGAGCAUAACUCGAGUGACACGUUGAAUUCGCCAUAAUCAAGGAAACCUUUUCCGGGUGGGGAUCUCUGAAAUUACUCAGUGAGCAACCCUAAUUAACCUGAUUUUUUGCUGAUAAUCACUCUCAAUGGAAUCAAAUCACAAAUCCGGGGAUGGAUUGAGCGGCACCCAGAAGGAAGCAGCCCUCCGCGCACUGGUCCAGCGCACAGGAUAUAGCUUGGUCCAGGAAAAUGGACAAAGAAAAUAUGGCGGCCCUCCACCUGGUUGGGAUGCUGCACCCCCAGAAAGGGGCUGUGAAAUUUUUAUUGGAAAACUUCCCCGAGACCUUUUUGAGGACGAACUUAUACCAUUAUGUGAAAAAAUCGGUAAAAUUUACGAAAUGAGAAUGAUGAUGGAUUUUAAUGGCAACAAUAGAGGAUAUGCAUUUGUAACAUUCUCAAAUAAACUGGAAGCCAAGAAUGCAAUCAAGCAACUUAACAAUUAUGAAAUUAGAAAUGGGCGUCUCUUAGGGGUUUGUGCCAGUGUGGAUAACUGCCGUUUGUUUGUCGGGGGAAUCCCAAAAACCAAAAAGAGAGAAGAAAUCUUAACAGAGAUGAAAAAGGUCACCGAAGGAGUUGUUGAUGUCAUCGUCUACCCAAGUGCUGCAGAUAAAACCAAAAACCGGGGCUUUGCCUUUGUGGAGUAUGAGAGCCACCGGGCCGCCGCCAUGGCCAGGAGGAAACUGCUGCCAGGAAGAAUUCAGUUAUGGGGACAUCCUAUUGCAGUGGACUGGGCAGAGCCAGAAGUAGAAGUUGAUGAAGACACAAUGUCUUCAGUGAAAAUCCUAUAUGUCAGAAACCUUAUGCUGUCUACCUCUGAAGAGAUGAUUGAAAAGGAAUUCAACAAUAUUAAACCAGGUGCUGUGGAGAGGGUGAAGAAAAUUCGAGACUAUGCUUUUGUGCACUUCAGUAACCGAGAAGAUGCAGUUGAGGCUAUGAAAGCUUUAAAUGGGAAGGUGCUGGAUGGGUCUCCCAUUGAAGUGACUCUAGCCAAACCAGUGGACAAGGACAGUUAUGUUAGGUAUACCAGAGGCACAGGUGGAAGGGGCACCACAUUGCAAGGAGAGUACACCUACUCUUUGGGCCAUGUUUAUGAUCCCACCACAACCUACCUUGGAGCUCCUGUCUUCUAUGCCCCCCAGGCCUAUACAGCAAUUCCCAGUCUUCAUUUUCCAGCUACCAAAGGACACCUCAGCAACAGGGCCGUUAUCAGAGCCCCUUCCGUUAGAGAAAUUUACAUGAAUGUACCUGUAGGGGCUGCGGGAGUGAGAGGACUGGGCGGCCGUGGCUAUUUGGCAUACACAGGCCUGGGUCGUGGAUACUCGGUCAAAGGAGAGAAGAGAGAAGACAAGCUCUAUGACAUCUUACCUGGGAUGGAGCUCACCCCAAUGAAUCCUGUCACUCUAAAACCCCAAGGAAUUAAACUUGCACCCCAGAUAUUAGAAGAAAUUUGUCAGAAAAAUAACUGGGGACAGCCAGUGUACCAGCUGCAUUCUGCCAUUGGACAAGACCAAAGACAACUAUUCUUAUACAAAAUAACCAUUCCUGCUCUGGCCAGCCAGAAUCCUGCUAUCCACCCUUUCACGCCUCCGAAGCUAAGUGCCUACGUGGAUGAAGCAAAGACAUACGCAGCCGAAUUCACCCUGCAGACGCUGGGCAUCCCCACCGAUGGAGGGGACGCUGGGACUGCAGCUGUUGCUGCUGCUGCUACGGCUACGGCUUUCCCAGGAUAUGCUGUCCCUAGUGCAACUGCACCUGUGUCUGCAGCCCAGCUCAAGCAAGCGGUAACCCUUGGACAAGACUUAACAGCAUACACAGCCUAUGAGGUCUACCCUACUUUUGCAGUGACUGCCCGAGGGGAUGGAUAUGGAACCUUCUGAAGAUAUCUUUUUCUAAAUUUAAGAAUAAGACACACAAAACUCUAUAAAGAAGAAAUAAACUUCUAACUCAGUCCCCUAAUGAUCAUAAGUAAUAUCUUUCCUAAAACAAUGCCUUUCCUAAGACUGUAUAGCUUACACUAAUUGUAGAAUUAGGAAGU